GUCGGUAAGAGCUGGGGGGCGGGAGAGUGGCGCUAUAUAAGCCACGCCAACCAUUCUUCAGCAUCAGUGUUCUGUCACUAUCCUCAUCAUGAAAAUUAUCAUCCUCGCCGCCGUUGCCGCUGUGGCCCUCGCUGCCCCCCAGUACAGCUACAGCGCCCCCUCCAGGGACUCCAGCGAGGAAAGAGUACAUGUCCCCAUUCUGAAGGACGAGCGCGUCCACGAGGAUGACGGAACCUACAACGUAGAGGUGGAGACUGGCAACGGCAUCGUCCUGGCUCAGUCUGGGGUCCCAGCUGGCCCCAAGGGCUCCGUCGUUAAGUCUGGACAGUACUCCUACACCGCCCCUGACGGCACCCCCAUCGUAGUGAAGUUCGUCGCAGACGAGAACGGCUACCAGGCCCAGUCUGACGUGCUGCCCGUGGCACCCGCCUUCCCCCACCCCAUCCCUGACUUCGUGCUGGAGCAGAUCGCCAAGGCUGCCCGUGAGGACGAAGCCCGCGCCCGCGGUGACUUUGACUCCUCCGAGGAGUACGGUUAUGCCCCUCCCUCCUCCUCCUACCGCGCUCCUCAGUAACCGAUGCCAUAUGCUAU